AUGCCUAAGGGAUGUAACUCUGCUGGCAUGCCUGAGGAAUGUAACAAUGCUGACAUGCCUAAGGGAUGUAGCUCUGGUGGCAUGCCUAAUGGAUGUAACUCUGCUGGCAUGCCUGAGGGAUGUAACAAUGCUGGCAUGCCUAAGGGAUGUGACUCUGCUGGCAUGCCUAAGGGAUGUGACUCCCCUGGCAUGCCUGUGGGAUGUAGCUCUGCUGGCAUGCCUAAGGGAUGUAGUUCUGCUGGCAUGCCUAAGGGAUGUGACUCUCCUGGCAUGCCUAAGGGAUGUAGCUCUUCUGGCAUGCCUAAUGGAUGUAACAAUGCUGGCAUGCCUAAUGGAUGUAACUCUGCCGGCAUGCCUAAGGGAUGUAACUCUGCUGGCAUGCCUAAGGGAUGUAACAAUGCUGGCAUGCCUAAGGGAUGUAACUCUGCUGGCAUGCCUAAUGGAUGUAACUCUGCUGGCAUGCCUGAGGGAUGUGACUCUGCUGGCAUGCCUGAGGGAUGUAACUCUGCUGGCAUGCCUAAUGGAUGUAACUCUGCCGGCAUGCCUAAGGGAUGUAACUCUGCUGGCAUGCCUGAGGGAUGUAAAUCUGCUGUCUUGCCUAAGGGAUGUGACUCUGCUGGUAUGCCUAAGGGAUGUAGCUCUGCCGGCAUGCCUGAGGGAUGUAACUCUGCUGGCAUGCCUAAUGGAUUUAACUCUGCCGGCAUGCCUAAGGGAUGUAACUCUGCUGGCAUGCCUGAGGGAUGUAACUCUGCUGGCAUGCCUGAGGGAUGUAACUCUGCUGGCAUGCCUGAGGGAUGUGACUCUGCUGGCAUGCCUAAUGGAUGUAACUCUGCUGGCAUGCCUGAGGGAUGUAACUCUGCUGGCAUGCCUAAUGGAUGUAACUCUGCUGGCAUGCCUGAGGGAUGUGACUCUGCUGGCAUGCCUGAGGGAUGUAACUCUGCUGGCAUGCCUGAGGGAUGUGACUCUUCUGGCAUGCCUAAGGGAUGUAACUCUGCUGGCAUGCCUGAGGGAUGUGACUCUGCUGGCAUGCCUAAGGGAUGUAACAAUGCUGGCAUGCCUGAGGGAUGUAACUCUGCUGGCAUGCCUAAUGGAUGUAACUCUGCCGGCAUGCCUAAGCGAUGUAACUCUGCUGGCAUGCCUAAUGGAUGUAACUCUGCUGGCAUGCCUGAGGGAUGUAACUCUGCUGGCUUGCCUAAGGGAUGUAGCUCUGCUGGCAUGCCUAAGGGAUGUAGCUCUGCUGGCAUGCCUGAGGGAUGUAACUCUGCUGGCAUGCCUAAUGGAUGUAACUCUGCCGGCAUGCCUGAGGGAUGUAGCUCUGCUGGCAUGCCUAAGGGAUGUAGCUCUGCUGGCAUGCCUAAGGGAUGUAGCUCUGCUGGCAUGCCUAAUGGAUGUAGCUCUGCUGGCAUGCCUGAGGGAUGUAGCUCUGCUGGAAUGCCUAAGGGAUGUAGCUCUGCUGGCAUGCCUAAUGGAUGUAACUCUGCCGGCAUGCCUGAGGGAUGUAGCUCUGCUGGCAUGCCUAAGGGAUGUAGCUCUGCUGGCAUGCCUAAGGGAUGUAACUCUGCUGGCAUGCCUGAGGGAUGUAACUCUGCUGGCAUGCCUAAUGGAUGUAACUCUGCCGGCAUGCCUAAGGGAUGUAACUCUGCUGGCAUUCCUGAGGGAUGUAACUCUGCUGGCAUGCCUGAGGGAUGUUACUCUUCUGGCUUGCCUGAGGGAUGUGACUCUGCUGGCAUGCCUAAUGGAUGUGACUCUGCUGGCAUGCCUAAGGGAUGUGACUCUGCUGGCAUGCCUGAGGAAUGUAACUCUGCCGGCAUGCCUGUGGGAUGUGACUCUGCUGGCAUGCCUAAGGGAUGUAACUCUGCUGGCAUGCCUAAUGGAUGUAACUCUGCUGGCAUGCCUGAGGGAUGUAGCUCUGCUGGCAUGCCUAAGGGAUGUAGCUCUGCUGGCAUGCCUAAGGGAUGUAACAAUGCUGGCAUGCCUGAGGGAUGUAACUCUGCUGGCAUGCCUGAGGGAUGUUACUCUUCUGGCUUGCCUAAGGGAUGUGACUCUGCUGGCAUGCCUAAGGGAUGUAGCUCUGCUGGCAUGCCUAAUGGAUGUAGCUCUGCUGGCAUGCCUGAGGGAUGUUACUCUUCUGGCUUGCCUAAGGGAUGUGACUCUGCUGGCAUGCCUAAGGGAUGUGACUCUGCUGGCAUGCCUAAGGGAUGUGACUCUGCUGGCAUGCCUGAGGGAUGUAACUCUGCCGGCAUGCCUAAGGGAUGUGACUCUGCUGGCAUGCCUAAGGGAUGUAACUCUGCUGGCAUGCCUAAUGGAUGUAACUCUGCUGGCAUGCCUGAGGGAUGUAGCUCUGCUGGCAUGCCUAAGGGAUGUAGCUCUGCUGGCAUGCCUAAAGGAUGUAACAAUGCUGGCAUGCCUGAGGGAUGUAACUCUGCUGGCAUGCCUGAGGGAUGUUACUCUUCUGGCUUGCCUAAGGGAUGUGACUCUGCUGGCAUGCCUAAGGGAUGUGACUCUGCUGGCAUGCCUAAUGGAUGUAACUCUGCUGGCAUGCCUAAGGGAUGUGACUCUGCUGGCAUGCCUAAGGGAUGUAGCUCUGGUGACAUGCCUAAGUGA